GACAUAUAUAUAAAAUUAUUAAAUAAUUUAUUAUUUAUGGUAAAGUAAUUAUUAACAGAAUAAGAGAAAUAAGAAAUAUUGAAAAAGAAAGCAAAAGAGAUUAGAGAAGAAUUUUUUUAAACAUAUGUUCCAGUUUAAAAUGCAGAAGAGUCAUAAAAGAAAAAAUUAAUAAAAAAAGUACUAUGGAAUGAACAUAUGACUGCAACAUCAGAUGAUAAAAUUUUAAUUGAUUAAACUUUAGGAAAUGAAGAAGCUUAAAGAGAAGUUUAAAUAUAUUAAAUUACAUUUGCAAAUGUUUAAAGAUCUAUAGCAUAUUUAACUUAAGAAGGAGUAAAAAAUAAUUAUUAAAUUAUUUUAGAUUCCUGUUUAAAGACCAGAUGAUUUUGAAGUUGAAAUGUUUAAAAGCCCUAAAUAAAUGGAUAAAAUUAAAUUAAAAAUAGAAAAAAAGAGAGAUGAAAAGAAUAAAAAAGAAGAAGAAAAGAUGAAAAAGCAUAGUAAAAAAUUAAAUAAAUAAAUGAAAAAUAAAAAAAUGAGAGAAGAACAUAAAGAAAAAAGAAAAAAUAAGGUAGCUAUAGAAUAAUGGAAAAAAGAGAUUAAAGAAAAAGGAAGUGAAAAAGCUAGGGAUUUAGAUGAAAUUAUAAAAUAAAACAAUUAAAGAUCAAAAAAAUUUAAGAAAUAUAAAAAUUAACAAUAAGAUGGUGUAAAAAAAGGAGGAAUGUUUAAAUAAAAGAGUGAUUCAAAAUUUGGUAAAUUUAAAAAAACAGGAAAAAUGAGAACAUAAGAGAAUUCAUUUUAAAAAGGAACAAAUAAAAAAUUUGGAUAAAGAUCUUAAAGCUCAGAUGCAAAUUGGUUUAAUAAUAAAAAUAAAUUUGAAGGAAAAUCAUAAAGAAGUAGAAGUUAUUCUGUUUAAGGAAAUUAAAGAAAUAAUAAAUAAAAUAAUGUUGAUCAAAAUAAUUCAGAUAGAAAAUACUAUGGAGGAAAAUUUUAAGGAGGAAAAUAAUUUAGUGGAAGAUAAUAAGGUGGAAAUUAGUUUGAAGGAAAGUCUUUUAAAGGUAAAUUUGUAGGAAAAAAAAGUGACAAUUAAUCAUUUGGCGGAAAAAGAUAAGGUAAGGGCAAGUCAUUUGGGGGAGGAAAAUACUAAGCAAAUAAAUCAUUUAGUGGAAAAUAACAAGGAGGAGGUAAACUAUUUGGUGGAAAAUAGCAAGGUAAAUCAUUUAGAGGUAAAUUUAAUAAACGAGAAAAUUCAUCAUUUAAAAAUAAAAAAUCUUUUGGAAAAUGAUAAUCUUACAGAACAAAAG